AUGGUAAAGCGGAGCCGGCGCUGGAUAGGUGCCUCAGAUUACGAAGUUGAAGGUCAUUACGUAUGGUACGGUACUGGUAAACAUGUGACAAUCUCCGACUGGCAACCAGGGGAACCAGAUGGUCAUGAUGAAGAUUGUCUCAUAUACUGGGGCAACUUUAACUGGAAAUGGGCGGAUGGAAAUUGUCAUUACCAGUAUUACUUUAUCUGCGAAAAACCAGUAGAGAAUGUUAUAGACGUUGGAUAAAUGAACUAUGAACGUUGAUAUUAAAGCUAUGUAAAACAUAA